GUGGUGCGGAGCUGAGGGCGACUACAACGUGAUGGUCAUGGAGCUGCUGGGGCCCAGCCUCGAGGACCUGUUCAACUUCUGUUCCCGCAAGUUGCGGCGGCGGCGGCGGCGGCGGCUGGCCGACCAGAUGAUCAGCCGCAUCGAGUAUGCGGCGGCGGCGGCGGCGGCGGCCCGGGACGUCAAGCCCGACAACUUCCUCAUGGGGCUGCGGCGGCGGCGGCGGCGGCGGCACAUCAUCGACUUCGGCCUGGCCAAGAAGUACCGGGACGCCCGCACCCACCAGCACAUUCCCUACCGGGAAAACAAGAACCUGACCGGCACAGCUCGCUACGCUUCCAUCAACACGCACCUGGGCAUUGCGCAAAGCCGUCGAGAUGACCUGGAGAGCCUGGGCUACGUGCUCAUGUACUUCAACCUGGGCUCCCUGCCCUGGCAGGGACUCAAAGCAGCCACCAGCGGCGGCGGCGGCGGCGGCGGCAGUGAGAAGAAGAUGUCAACACCCAUUGAGGUCCUGGCGGCGGCGGCGGCGGCGGCAUUCUCAACAUACCUCAACUUCUGCCGCUCCCUGCGGCGGCGGCGGCGGCGGCGGCGGCCUUACCUACGUCAGCUCUUCCGCAACCUCUUCCACCGCGGCGGCGGCGGCGGCGGCGGCGUCUUCGACUGGAACAUGCUGAAAUUCGGUGCAGCCCGGAACCCCGAGGACGUGGGCGGCGGCGGCGGCGGCGGCGGCCGCGAGGAGAGGAUGGGGCAGCUACGGGGGUCCGCGGCGGCGGCGGCGGCGGCGGCGGCACCCACGGGGGCCACUGCCAACCGGCUCCGCAGUGCGCGGCGGCGGCGGCGGCGGCGGCCAGCCUCCCGCAUCCAGCCAGCUGGCAAUACUUCUCCCAGAGCGAUCUCACGGGUCGACCGGGCGGCGGCGGCGGCGGCGGCGGCGCACAGGGGCGCGCCCGCCAACGUCUCCUCCUCAGAGCGGCGGCGGCGGCGGCGGCGGCCCCGGAUCCCAGCCUCACAGGUGAGCUGCCCCCCUGCCAGUCCCUCUGGGCCUCACAACUGAGCUAGAGACCCCCCAGGGUGAGGUCAGGC